UAGAAAGGCUCAUAACAAAACUUAUAAUCUAAAGUAUGCGCCUGUUUUCUUGCAAGCAAAUAUCCUUACGUUUUUCCUCCAUUUUUCCUUACAUAGUUUUAUUUACUGUGGUGGUGCUUUAAAGGUCGGAUAUUCCCAAUACACAAAUGAUGAAAUAAGAUGCAUGCAAAAGUUUGCUAGACUAUACGAGGAUUAAGAAGAGGAUAUCCAACUUAUUACGAUGGAAUAACUUUUGAAUUUACUUUACAUAAUUAUUUUAUUUAUCCUAGGUGUUAUUGCAAAGGUGAGUAACCCAAAAAACGGAAAUGCGAAUAGAAUCCAUGAAAUGUUAUCAAAAGUUCUUAUAACGCUUUUUGACUAUCUCUUUUAUAUACGAAGAUUGGAUUGAGGCGAAAGGCGUUUGUGGUUUUGCACCGUGAACAGUACAUUCAAUAAAAGCAGCUUAGCUUGGCUUUCCACUUAGCUUGAUAAUGGGUUGAAGCACUUUUGAGUUACUCCGAGUUAUUCCACAAUGACUACAAAAUCCUGCGGUUGUAUGCCCUGCGUAUUUUUUUAUGAUUUACUCAGCUCGUGGUUGCACACAGACGAAAUGUUCAGCAAAACUUCAACCUUACACUUAUCGGCUUGUGCCAUUAUUCAUCUGAAUUGCGAUAUACAUUCCUGCAAAAGCCAGAAAAGCCAAUACUCUUUACCGUGACACUCUGAACAAGAGAUCAUCAGUCUACUCGCGUCUAUUUCAUGUAUAUUAUUAUUUUAAAUGAUUCAAUUAUCCUUGAGCUUUAAGGAGAAUAUAUACAUUGCUCUACUAUAACCUCGUGAAAUAGAUUAGCAAGCUAUAAGACUGAUGUAGUGUGUCUUCUUACGGUCAAACCGACGGAUAAAGAAACAAAAAGAAAGAAAUAAUCCAUUAUAAAGUUUUUGUUUCUUUAUAUUAUGAAUCUUUUCCGGGAUGCUUCUACUCACUCCGUCUAGCGCUUCCACGGAUACAUGCACGUCGAAAAGUUAUUUUGGAUAUACGUUUUCUUAAUGCUUACAGAUUUUUGUGCUUACUUGUGAAGCUGUAUAUGAAUUAUUUAUCUGAAAACUACAUCUCCGGUGCCAGAAAGUUUGACUGAAAGCAUUUCUGGAUGAUGGCGUCCACCGGCAUUCUGCUGCGCCGGUAGUCUGCGCAGUGAAGUUCCUCAUGUUUUAUAUACGUGAAGAUGAUUAUGCAUUAAGGAAAACCUUUCUAAUGAAAAUUUCUUUUUUUAAUCGUUGUUAAGAUUGCAUAAGUCGUUUCCUGAUCAAUUAGAGUUAUAAUCUUGGACUUCGUGAUUAGCAUUGUGAAGAAAAGAGCUUUAGUGAUUCGGGCUUACUAUUUGCUUACUUUUCUUUUAAAGUUGAAAAUAAUUAUUUGUUAAUUAAGUGAAAACUUCUUUCGGAGCUUUGGAGGCACUAAUGAUGGAUAUAUCCUUGCCGGUUAGAUCAACCCCCGAAACUUUUAGUGAAGUCUCAGAUCUGGAGGUUGGUAUUCGUACUUCUACUGAUAAUGAUCAUAGUUUAGACAAGAAGAAGGAUUAUGUUAUUACCAACAUUGCAGAGUUUGCUUCCACGAGUCAUCCUGCUCAUCCAAGAAACUGGCCUUGGUGGAAGCGGUGGCUGAUUAUGAUGGUAUAUUGUGCUUUGCAGAUAUAUGUUAUAUGGACUAGUAAUGCCUAUGGAAGUAUAUCUACUUCUGUUCAAGAUUAUUUUCAUGUUUCCGCACAAGUGUCUACUUUAAAUCUUAGCAUGAACAUCUUGGGCAGUGGAUUAGGCCCAAUGUUUCUGGGUCCUUUGUCUGAUAUUAAUGGUAGAAAACCUGUUUAUUUUUGUUCGAUUUUUCUGUAUGUUAUAUUCAAUAUUUCUUGUGCGCUUCCAAAAAAUGUUGUUCAAAUGGUUAUUUCCCACUUCAUUACAGGUCUGACUGGAAGUACAGCCUUGACUAACGUUGCCGGUGGGAUCCCAGAUAUAUUUUCUGAAAAUAAAUCAGGUAUGCCCAUGUCUCUAUUUGUUUGGGCCUGUGCGGGUGGUGGUAUUGGUGCUCCAAUUGGUACGGGAGUUGAUUCAAAUCCUAAAUUUGGCUGGCGCUGGCUGUACUAUAUCAACAUCAUUGUUGGUGGUUUUUUUUUGGUUUUAAUCCUUCUUAUUCCAGAAACUUUACCUAUGAAGGUUAUAUCUAGAUACGAAUUAGCCGAAGGCCGAAUUAUCGAAGCUCUUCCCAAGGUUAAGACAAGUGAAGUUUUUCAAAAAAUGAAAUUUAUCAGUACUAUGGGGUUUCGAAUGAUGUUUACAGAACCCAUAAUCAUUACUAUGGGUCUUUACAACUUCUAUGCUUAUGGUAUAAGUUAUUUCUUUCUUGCAGCUAUUUGGCCUGUUUUUAAUUUGAAUUACAAAAUGUCUUCAAUGAGUGCCAGCUGUACAUAUCUUGCUGGUUUCGUGGCUUAUUCCCUUUUGUUUUGUUAUCAACCUAUCCAAGACCGGAUUUUUCGAAGAAGCAAAAAAGGUAACAAUGGAGUCGUCGUUCCUGAGGCUCGUUUUACGAGUGCUUUAGGCUUUACGUUGCUGUUUCCAGCUGGUAUGUUUUUGUUUGCUUUCACUUGUAAUCCUCCCUUUCAUUGGAUGGUCCCGAUUGUAGGUCUUGCCAUGUCCAGUAUAGCCAAUUCACAUAAUUGGUCGUCUAUCUUAAAUUAUUUAACUGAUUGCUAUCCUAUGAUUUCAGCAUCUGCAGUAGCUGCUUUUACCCUUCCUUCGUUUGUUGGUGCUGCUAUAUUCGCCCAUGUUAGUAUUAUAAUGUUUGAUAAAAUGUCUACAAAGUGGGCUGUUGCUACUAUGGCUUUCAUAAGCAUUUCUAUUCCUUUUAUAAUUUAUUCUUUCUACUUUUUUGGUGAAAAAAUUCGCGUUCGCAGUGCCUUGACGGGAACAAAAGCCAUUAAAUAUUUGCCAAUUUCUGAUUGAGCAAAGGCUAUUUUUAAUAAAAUUUUUUCGGCUUUUUUCAUGGCCUAUAUUACUUCUUUCUAAUUUUAAUAAUUUAAUAUUUAAAUACCCUCUACGAUGGUAAUUUACAUUACUAUAUGAGAGAUGUAAACUUGGAAUGCAGUAUUACUACAAUUACGAAUUUCAAUAAUCUGCUUGAAAUAUGUGUUCGAAUUUUUACUUGGGAUACGAUAGCAUUUCCAGAAAAUCGUUUAUUAUUACGCCUGUUUGGCCAAACACAUCAAUCAAGUGAUUAUUACUUUACACAGUCGGCUCUAAUUAUUCGAAAAUUUUACUUUUUGUUAAAGAAUAAUAGUAAUUAGUUCUUCCAUUAUUGUAUCUCUCAUAGUAUUUUGUUUAGUUUGCACUCGUUCUUUUG